GUACGAGAUAGAAGCCAUUGAAAUCCUUUUUGGUAUGCUGAGCUUGCGGCAGCCAAAGGAUAAGAAUCACCUGAACGAAUCCCUUACGAGUGGCAUUGAGAAGUUUGCAGUGGGUGAGGAAACCGUAGAGCCAAAUCUGGAGAAGAUACAGCAUCAUGAGAGCGUAAUCGUUGGAGUGCUCGAGAAACAGCACAAACAGUUUCCAGAGUACGAGGGAACAGCUAUGGCUGUAAGGAAAUCACUUGCACCGAAAGCAUACUGCUUCAAGGACAUCUACGAGCAGAAGAAACAACGGGUGCAGCGCCAGCGUCUCGAGUUGGAGCGUGCUCAGCGUCAGUUUCACAGUCGUCCCAUGCCCAACUUCAAUCAUGCCCACCAGCAGCUGGUCAACAAGCAGGACGUCCAGCGCAUCACCUUAGCCGUGACCCCAAAUGUCCUGAAGACAUCGCGCGACAUGCAGCUGAAGCGUCUCCAGCGCGUUGAACAGGCGUUGCAGCAACGCGAACAGGAACAGCUUCAACUUCAAAAGAUGCGCCCCCAAACGAAACCGGUGCCCAAGUGCACUGCGCCACCUCUGAAGCCCUUCAGCAGACAACCCAAGCAAACAUGCCCGUUGGCCUUCAAACCCUUCCACUUCUCCACCGAGGUUCACGCGGAGCAGCGCAAAAUGUUCAAUGCCCAUUCGCAUCAGUUGCAGGAGACGCGUCGACGCGAGCAGGAGGAAGAGCUGAAGCGUCUGGAGCGGGAGCUAUAUCGAAAGCAACGCCAAUUGACCAUAUUCCGUGCUCGGCCAAAUCCUUUUAGGUAGCUGCACAACAACAAAUGCAGUUUUUUGUUUUUCUUUGUUUAUUGUUUGUUUUGUUUUUGCUUCUUUUGUUGCAAAUCACAAAGUUUUGGUUACUGUUUUUUGUGAGAAUUGAGGUUAACUAGAGCAAUAACUAUAAAACAAGAUGCGUUAUCUGUUUACGGGUUAUGAUUUAUAA